UGUGGCGCCGCCUAAGUAUGCCGUACACUGGCUGUCACUCUAUGACUACGCACACUACCUCACAUUACUCACACAUAAGGUGGAAGCCAUAUAAUAUUGUAGUCUUUGGUGGAAGCAACGGGCCUCAAUUUUUUUUUUUUUUCAAAUUUAAUUUGAAUUUCGCGGGCAGGCCCAUCUGUUAAAACUUUGUGAUGUACAAGGUACAAACACUGCAAGCAAGUGCCACAAAAUUAUUGUCAUAGACAAGUUUGUUUUUGGCGCCAUUUCUUACUAUCAAGUAAGCUUUCACAGACAACAACUUCCAAUCCACACCAAAAUUAUAUUUUUUCUUCAAAAAAAGGUCGGCAGUCGCAGGUCCAGCGUACCUAUUUGUAUUUUAGUAGAGGUCAGUGUCUAGGGUCACUGGUUCUCAAAGUUUGACCAACAACUUUAAAGUAUGUAGGUAGGUUUAACAGAGGGGUAGGUAAGGCACGGUCCAAGGAUUAGGUUUGCUCCCUCCUAUCAAACUGCUUCUCUUUUAGGGGUCAGCAGCUUUUUAAAAAUAAGACAACGUUGAAGAUGGGUCUUUCAAUUUAUUGUACAACCUCAGAGCAUUAAAGAGGUUUGACACCACAGAAGAGCCUCUUUGGCGACCUUCCUGACACAAUGGCGAGCCCCGCGUCCUGUGUCUAAUAAGUGAGAGAUCCAGGUUUGAUUCUCGACAGGGGUUUAUAAUUUCUAAAUAGUUUCUGGUCUGGUCUGGUCUGAUAGGUUUCAGCUGUGGUUUAGUAUACCGUCAAAACUGUGCCGGGCCUGUACAUUACUUACCACCCAGAUGAGAUCGCACUUCGCAGUCAAGGGAUAACAUUUACCUUUCAUUUAAAAAAAAACUCUGUACACUCAGAAAGCUCUUUAGACUUAGACUUUAAGCUAUCUAGCUUAGCUAGCUACUUGAUUUAGGUGAUGUAGUUUAUGUACUUAGCUAUCUAUUCCAACGUACGAUAUACAGAGGUACCUACUUGUUACCAUGGUGCCAUUAGUAUCCAAACAUCACAAGCAAUUUACCUUUUCUACCUACCUAAGACGACUAUAUUAAGGGUUUCCUUUAUUUUAAUAGAUAUUGAUCUUAAUAGGAAAUAAUAUUAUUCUUGUAUAAGUAGGUAACUACCUUCGAAAGGUAGGUAAUGUCAAUAUUCAAAGUAAAUCAGUGGUGGUCCAAUGAAAAGUCGCAAAGUGAAGAAUAUGAGGACGGUAUACAAAAUGGGAACUGUAUAAUCGUAGACAAGUUCAAUUUACAUAGCGAUAGUGAUUUACUUAUUCUCGGGCAAAGUUCUGUUAUGAAGAUCUACAAACCUCGUACAGAUCAAAACGAGUCGCAUGCAAUUUUAGAGUCGCAAUUGGAUGAUAUUGUUUUACAGAUUGGAACAGGAAAAUUUUUAACGGAUUGCGCCGAUCGUCAGAUACUAAUAUUGCACCCAAAUAGUUACGCUAUAUAUUUAUUGGAUAAACAAGGUGGUCAUGCUGAUGUUGGGGACCAAAAUUUUAUCGCUCCGGUAAUAAAACAUUCCUUCACAAGAAGAGCUGACAGGGCAACUUGUGGUCCAUUCGGAAAUUCGAAAAGUAGAGACCUUAUUUGUAUUCAGGCUUUGGAUGGCACGCUGAGUUUCUUUGAUCAAGAUACAUUUUUGUUCAUGUGUAUUUUCAGCGAUAUCUUAAUACCUGGACCGAUUAAUUACGUAGCCAACAGUGACUUAUUCGUAAUUUGCAAAUCGACUUGGAUAUUGGAAAUCUACAGUUAUCAACAGUUAUGUGAGUUGAGUGAGUUAAGCGUACGACCAAAUAAGAAUAAUAUACCGCAAUGGACCUACAACGCUGGGGAAGAAAUUAUGGCAAUACAAGUGAUUCGAACGAGUACGACUUUUGCCAGUAUUGUUGCUUUGGGUGAAAGACACCUUUACUGUUUCCAGGAUAAUGGUUUAAUGAAAUAUAUGAUAAGAUUUGAUUACAUACCAAUUUGCUUCCACGCUUAUUUAAUUGGAUGGUAUUAUGAACCUAAUUCAAGAUUGCUUGUAAUGGUAGCAUCGGAAGAUUGCAAGUUAUACGUUUACGAAGCCACGACACUCUUGUGGUCAUGUGAUUUGGGGCACAAAGCUAUAUCACUUUCCCGCUGUUUUCUAAGCACCAUGCCAGGUGGCAUAUUAACAUUAUCGACUAAUGGGAUAAUCAACGUUAGUUAUUUGGGAACCGAACCAGACUUGAAUCCAAACGCAAGUCCAAUCAAUGACGUAUUUGAUCCUAAACAAAUACAGGCAGAAUUAGAAGGGGUGGAAGAAUCAUUGCAAAGAAUUAUGACUGCUAAAGGAGCAUUGGAUGUACAAGAUACUAAAACAGACGAUAAUAAUAUAAUCAAAAUAAAAGUUGAUUUUGGAAAACCGGUCAACAAUCUUGCUUCACAGUUUUCAACAGAAAAUAACAUUGAACCUUUACAAACUUGUUCAGUGAUUGUUGUGAUAACGUGUGAUGACCCGAAAUUAGUACAAAGCCUACAGAUAACUUACGAUUGUAUACCACCCAUAAGUUCAUCUGAGACCACUAUAUGCCUGGACACUAUUAAUGGCACAGAAAUAAUUGAAACACAAAUUUUUCUAUCUGGCGAUACUGAUAUCUCGGAUGGUGGAAUUAAUAUUAAAUUUACGGUUAUUGACAAUAUGGGGAAAGUGAGAGUACUUUCGAAGAGGACAUUGCUGCCACUGAGUCUAUAUUGCCUUCCUGUGGAGGCGGUAGAAGAGAAUAGUUAUCAAAUAACUAUUCAAACAAAUCAGAUGAAAAUUGAUUUAAUUGAAUUAUUUACAGAAUUUAAUAAAGAAGAUCUGGCGGGCUACAUUUCGAAAGAAACACUGACUUUUGCGUAUCGGACGUCAAAUAAAACUGUUACCAUCAAAGCGUACGAUGACAAUAUGUACAGAAUAGAGGCAAAUGAAGUUUCAGAAAUAGCCCCAAUGUUAGACCAUUUUUUAAAGAAGCUAGAGGACUAUUACACUCGAAUCGGAGUAGUGGAAUUCGAAAUAAACGUUGCAAUUAAUGGAGAAAUAAUUCGGCAAAUAAUGCAUAAGUUUAUAAAAAGCGUUGAAUCACAUGCUAAGGAAAGAAUUAAAUUAAAAGAUUUGGAGGAAGAACUGAACGUCCUUCAAAGACAAUUUACUUUGGUCCAAAAGAGAUUAUUGGUUCAGUAUGGAUCAUUACCACCGGGCGAUUGCGAUCCAUUGGAGUUUUUGAUGAACGAUACACAUGAACGAAUCAAAACUGUAGCUUAUGAAAUCAUACAAGGCAAAAACUGUGUUGUUAGAGCAGGUAGUACUUUGCGGACAAUUGGUUCUCUUAUUGUUUACGUUUUGAAAGAAGCAGUAACCGAUAACUUAAAGGUCAAACUUAUCGAAGAAAUGUUAUCUUUAGAGACACUAAACGGUAAUUUUCAAGAAUGGGAGGAAUCCGUUGCGCAAGUCUCAUCCUACAUUCUCAACAAGAUCAUCAAAAAAUCGGAAAAGGAUAAGGAAAAACUAGCGCCCGUUACUGACCAAGAUAUACUUUCACAAACUAACCUUAAAAAGCUUCUGAAACAAUUGCGCGUUAUUUUGGAAAAAGUGUUUUUCAAUUUUCAAGAAACGGCUAGUGAGGGGAAUAUAGCACGUGUAGAAGAAUUUGUUGAAGUUAUAUAACUAUAUUAUUUAUUACAAGUCAAUGAGAAUUUACAAAUUCUUAGUAUGAUAAAAUUGACAAACAAGAACAAGCUUUAAUGCUAGCUCAGACAGAACGAAAACCGCAACGGAGGAUAUGAACAGUACACUGUGAGGUUGUGUAAUAUCAAAAACAAAAUAUGACGCCUAUAGACCAUCGAUUGAAGACAAACUUUUAUUUACAAACUUUGAUGCAAUCAAUGUGACAAACGCAAUAAAUAACACUUGCACUUAUGGCUAAAAUCCAUCGUACAAAAUUCAUUCAGCUACGAUAACGGUAUAAUAACUAGGAUUUGCUGUAGAAAAUCAUUGGUUUUGUAUACUUACUGUAAUGUCACAUACAUUCUAAGGUUACUAUAAUAAAUAGUAUUGUACCUAUUUUGGACCAAAUAGAGAGUCAAAACAGUUCAACCGCGCGGAUUGCACUGUGUCUGAACCAGCUCGUUUCAAUAAAUGCUGAGAUAUAUACUAUAAAUAAA